AUGGAACACCAGGCCACUCUCAACGACAUCCAGAAAGCCAUCUCGUACCCCCGAAUAUCAUAUCUCCCAUCGCUACUACCAAGGCUGCACGCAUUCUUCUCAUCCUCAUUGAUUGAGCCAACCUCAAAGCCUCAUGAUGGGUGGUUCUCCUUCGAGGGCGUCCCAUUGAAAUGGCAUCUGCCCGUCGGACUCCUCUACGACCUGUACGCGGGCGCCGACCCCGCCUCGAAGGGAAGCGGGCCAGCAUCCGACGACGAGACCGCGGAAUUUCCGCUCCCCUGGAGGCUGGUUGUGCAAUUCAGCGACUGGCCGGAUGAAGAGCUCGUCCGCCAGGGCUGGUGA